AAUAUUUUUUUUAAAUAAUUGCUUUAUUUUGGCAGGGAGCAGACACGUCAGAGUAAUGCAUUAAUGUAAAAUAUGUUCUAAAAUAAUUCGGCUGUGAUAGAAUAGAUUAAAAUAGAACAAAUGAGGAGAGAGCUGUCAUUCACAUUCAUUCAAUUCCAGCUGUGUUGAUCAGGAUGCGCUGUGAAGUGGUCCUGCGGUGACGUCACUGGAUUUCAGGCGGUUACUCAGAUCGCCUGCGCAGAAUACCGGCGUUUGUACGUAUGUGUGUGUUGCUAUCUUGUCCUUCAGUGUUAGUGAAGCUGCACGUGACCCCCGGUCGUCUGGUCAGCUCUCGUGACACACUUAUUUUAGUUCGCUACACGUUAACGGCAACAUUUAUAACGACGUAACGGUCGUUACUAAACGGUUGUUUUGCGUGUGUGUCCGCGCGAGUCACGCGCUCUCUAUCUCUCUCCCCCUCCUCUCUCUCACUCUCACCAUCAUACACACUCACUCGCACAUCACCCGCUACAAACCACCCCACGAGCUCACAGCUGGUUAGCUAACGCUAGCUAGCUAAGCUAACGUCGCUUCCUCCUAACUGGCAACCGCUGUGUUUUAAAAUUAAAGGUUUUUUUCGGUUAUGUGUUGACGUCAUUAACGUUGAAGUAAUAACGGAUCUAUCCUCGUACCCCCCCAACGGCUGACCGGGAGCCGCCAUGGAAUGCCGUGUUCUGUCCAUACAGAGCCACGUAGUCCGGGGAUACGUGGGCAACAAGAGCGCCUCUUUCCCAUUACAGGUGUUAGGGUUUGAGGUGGACUCCAUCAACUCUGUCCAGUUCUCCAACCACACAGGUUAUUCUCAUUGGAGAGGUCAAGUCCUGACAGCCGAUGAGCUCCAUGUCCUUUAUGAAGGCAUCAAACUGAACAACGUCCACCACUACGACUAUGUUUUAACAGGGUACACCAGAGACACGUCCUUCUUGGAGAUGGUAGUGGACAUCGUUCAGGAGCUAAAGAGAGCCAACCCCAACCUGGUGUAUGUGUGUGACCCCGUCCUCGGUGAUCAUGGAUCUAUGUACGUUCCUCAGAACCUGUAUCCGGUCUAUAAGAACAAGGUGGUUCCUGUCGCUGACAUUAUUACUCCCAACCAGUUUGAGGCCGAAUUAUUGACGGGGAAAAACAUCACCACAGAGAAAGACGCUGUAGAGGUUAUGGACCUCCUCCAUGCUAUGGGCCCAGACACAGUGGUCAUCACCUCCUCCGAUCUGCCCUCCAGACUGGGAGACCGCUUCCUGGUGUCGCUGGGCAGCCAGCGCCAAGUUCGUCCCGACGGCAGCAGGACGACGCAGAGAGUUCGAAUGGAAGUUCACAAAGUCGACGCCGUCUUCGUGGGAACUGGAGAUUUGUUUGCUGCUAUGCUGCUAGCGUGGACGCACCACUACCCCAAUGACCUAAAGAUGGCCUGUGAGAAGACUUUUUCAGUGAUGCAUCAUGUUAUCCAGAGGACUAUUUCAUAUGCUCACGAGUUAGCAGGUCCUGGUCGGAGGCCCAGUCCGCCCCAGCUGGAGCUGAGGAUGGUUCAAAGUAAAGCUGACAUAGAAGACCCUGCUAUAGUUUUGAAGGCCACAGUCAUAUCCUAACAUUACCGACCCAUAAGACUCAUGCUAACCUUGUCCUCUUCACCCGUGAAUCUCUCAAAUCCAGUAUCUCGGUGAAUCUCUCAUCGCUGUAAACCUUGACUGUCGUUUUCCAAACUUCAACACCUCAUCAUCCAGACUCCUUUAAAAAGAACUCUUAGUAUUGUAACCCCUGUAGUCCUUUCAGCCUAAACCCUUUACCCCCUUAAGUCCUCAGUGUCCCGAACCCCUUAACCUGUGACCCUUCUACCCAAAACCCUGUUUUGGAACUAGAGCCAUGGAUAGACAGAGAGUUAGGUCAGGUUGGACUGCGUCUCUCUAACGCGGUAUGUGACACUGUUGUUUUUAUAGAAAGCUGUUUAACAAGCGUGCCGUAUAUUUAAAAAAAACACAUACUGAUGAUACAAAACCCUGAAAAUCCAUCCACGGUCAUAUUUUACAGUAUUUAUCCAAGAAGUGAUCUGAAUUGAUUCCAGCUGCUGAAUGCUCCAAAUCUCUACCUCUAAAUUACUAAAUAACAACUUGCCUUUGCUUUAUUACUGCCACUCCACUCAACUUACGUACAUUUGUUUGACAGACUUGCACUCUAGCUGUGUGUCUCCACACACACACACACACACACACCAGUACCAGGAUUGCAGCACUAACGGUGUCUAAGAUGAUGAAACGCUGUUUAUCCGUGGCUCUGCACACCACUAUUUCAACCCCCCCUCCCCCGUCUUAAAGCAGUGAUGUAAUGGUGACCAAGUCUAACCCCAUGAGACCCCUGUCAAAAUAUAACAAAGGACAAAAAAAAAAAAAAAGGACGCACAAUGUAUAGUUGAUGUAUAGAUGUUGUACUAUAACUGUAUUGGACCAUCUGUAUGAUAUCUUCUAUCUGAUCUGUCUAUUGGACCAUUGUGUUGAUGCUACUGUACUAUAGACCACACGCACUACGAUAUCACCCAAACCAGAGACGUCUGGGUUGGUUCUGGCACUCCUGGAGGCUCCAGCGGCUCCGGUCGUUGUCACUUAGUAGUAAUACGUAACUGUCUUAAUAGUCCUAGCGAGUAGUUGAACCUCUUGAAUCGCAGCACAACGUAAAGAAAAAAAGGGCAACCUGAGCUGUCUGACCUCGGUGCCGGAACCAACACACAUCACAUCCUCUGGCCCAGAACCCUAUAUCUGAGAGUUGUGCCACUGAAUUUACUGGAGGCCUCGAGAAGUCGUAAACGGAGCAGGAGAUCACCCCCCAACCUCCCAACCCCCCCCCCCCCCCCCCCCCCAUGUCCAGUAGCAGCUCACCCAGUGUCUUGUUUAGGCCGCUUCACGCUCCACUGUGGUCACAACAGAAAGGAUGCACUUUUUAUGGGAUGCCUCGAGUUUCAUUUUUAUUAUAUUAAUAACUUUAUAUUGUAAUGAUUUGAGAUAUUUGAUAUCUGUGCUCUAACCUUCUUUUUUCUAUUAUUGAUUUAUAUAAUGAAAUAAUUUGUCACUAUUUCCCAGAGCCCAAAGUGAAAAGAAAACCAAAAGAUAUUCAAUUAAUAGUUAGUUAAUAGAAAAUCCAGAGUAUCUGGAGCCAACAAGUGUUUGCAGGACAAUCAUUUAAACUAUGUCAAAAACACAAGAUAUUUAUUAUCUAAAUCACCAAGAAGACCUUUUUUAUUACCACAGUUUUGUGUUUGCUCACUCAGCUACUAAACUAGUUAACAUAACUUGCUACCUUGAUUACAGUCAAGGUAGCAAGUUAAGACUGAAGUCUUCAGUUGUGUUCAUAAGUAAUCAUGAGUGUCUCUGUCAGGCAUCACAGUAUUCUGUCGUCCACAGUGGAGCGUGGUUGGGAAGACGUGAGGAGAAGAUGACGUUAUGAGCCGGUUUCAAACCAGUGAUGUCGCAAGAACUCGGCAUGUGCCUUAGCCCGCUGAGCUACCGGGGUGCCACAGGAAAAGUUUAAUGAGACUUUAACACUUUUAAUUUACCUCAGAAUCUUCUGUUUUCCCCUCGUUGCUUCCCGGUUUGAAUGUUCAGCAAACUGCUAAAAUUUCAACCAACAUUGCUCGGAAACAACGUACCCUUUUUUUCUUUUUGGGGAAAGUGUAAACCAAAUAACCGGAGGCUUUAAAACAAAACAAAAAGAAAAUCCAGAUGCCGUCAGUGUCCCACCUGAGCUGGAUGUAAGGUUCUGGGCAGGCCAGUGUAAUUCUGUACUGCUGUUGUUUCUCUAUGGACUGUACUGUGAUACUGCCUUAGGAACCUAACACCAUAAACCACCAUACUGCUCCCUGGGGGGGGAGGAGGGGGGAGGAAGGAAACAGGACAUGUCCUAAAUGUAGGUGCGUGCACCUGAAACGAGGAGGACUUGAGAUCUGCUAAGAGCUUCUAUUUCAAUCUUUAUUGGUUGUUGUUAUAAGCAAUUAUGUUUUUCUUUAUUUUUCAAUUAACCAAUUAAUCGUUUGGUUUAUAAAAUGAUAGAAAAUUGUGAUC